AUGAACGAUGAAAAUUCGUUGCCAACUCCUCCAAGUUUCGACCAACAAUUUGAACUAUUACCUCAAGAAUCUCUCUCCGAACCAGCUGAUCUGCAGUCAAAUGUAAACGAUAAUUAUCCAUCGAACAACCAUGUUUAUGAAAUUGAUUCAGAUAGUCAUGAUGAACGUCCAACUGAAGCUACUGACGAUGGUAUGAUGUUCAUUUCAUUAGAAUUUCUUCAUGUCCGUGUAAUCAUCGUUUUAGGAAAUCUUCCAAAUGAACCUCAAGUCGAUCCCGAUGAACGCAGAAUACAAAUCUCAUUUCAUCAUGAACCUUCGCCAGAUCCUGAUGGCGAUAUUUGUUCGCCGGUGGAUGAAACUGAAUCACAUGAAGAAAAUCUUUCCAGUGAUGUUGUCGAUUUCGACAGUAUUUGUGAUGCGAAAGCAAAUGAACCAUCUCCUGUUCUCUGUAAACAAAGUUUAUGCGAACCGUGUACAAUUGAAAAAGAUGAUAUUAAAAUCAUUAAAGAAUCAUCAACAACGACUACAACAACACUGUCAACGAAAUACAUCGAUCCAAAGAAAGAUAGUAACGAUCUCGGACAUAUUAUGAUCAGUUACAAUCAUUCGACUAAACUUGUAUGCUCAAGAAUUGCAAAAGCAUUGAAGGAUAAAAACUAUUCAGUCUGGAUCGAUCAAGAGAAUAUCUCCGGAGAUAUUUUAACUUCCAUGGCAUCUGCCGUUGAAAAUGCAUUUGUUGUUUUAAUGGCCAUCAACGAACAGUAUUUUAAAAGUCGAUACUGUCGAUUAGAAGCUGAGUAUUCACUCGAACGCAAUAAAGCAUCGAUUCCAAUGUUGAUGCAACGGGACUAUAAAGCGAAUGGUUGGCUGGGAAUCAUCAAUGGCUCGAAGCUUCAUAUUGACUUUAGUCAAUUACAAUUCGAUCAAGCAUUUGACUUACUUGUACGUGAAAUCGAAAACAUCCGAGUAUCACUGGGAGCAGAUGAACAUUAUCAAACUAGUAAUUUUUCAACAACUACAUCGUUCAAUUCUACCCGAGCGGUGACAACAAUGAGCAGUUCUUGGUUGCAAUACCAAGAUGUCAAUGACUGGAAUACUUAUGAUGUUGUUGAAUGGUUAAAUCGAGAAAAACUUGAAAUGUUCGAAGAUGCCCUAAGGCUUUUCACCGGCGCGACACUGUGGCAAUUGUACAAAAUCAAAUUCGAUUCUCCAUCCGAUUAUUAUCGAAUAGCUGAAUCGUUGCUUGCUCCAACAGUUCCACUUCGUGUUUUCUACAUACUUACAUUUCAUGGGGCAAUCGAAUCACUUUUUUCAUCAUUCGGCCAACGAAAACAUUAA